CUAUUAGUUCUUUAGGUCUAUAAAUACUGCCAUUGAUGAAUUGGAGUUCAUCAGCUCCACAUUAGCAUUUGAUCAUCUCAUCCUUCAUGAGCAUGACAACCUUUCACCUCUUUCUUCUUGUGCUUGUACUCACCUUAAUCUUUGAUAAGUCGUCCCAUGCAAGAGAAAUUAGAAACCGCGAUCAGUCGCCAUUAGUCUUGGGCUUAACUCAUUCCAGGGCAACUAUUCCCACUCCAAAAGCUGCUUCAAACUCCGCAAAGAAACCAGCAGAAAUGCUGGAUAUGACAGAGCCCCUCAAAGAAAUAAGAGAUGGAUACAUUAUAUCCCUCAACUUAGGGACACCCCCUCAAGUCAUACAAGUGUUUUUGGACACUGGAAGUGACCUCACUUGGGUGCCUUGUGGGAAUCUAUCUUUCGAAUGCAUAGAUUGUGAUGAGUAUGGAAACAAGAAGUUAACAGCUAGUUUCUCUCCUUCCUUUUCCUCCUCAUCCUCGAGAGAUUCUUGUUCAAGUCCUUUCUGCAUCAACAUUCAUAGCUCUGAUAACUCGUUUGAUCCUUGCACCGCGGCCGGGUGCUCAUUGAGUACCCUAGUCCGGUCCACAUGUUCUAGGCCGUGUCCUUCAUUUGCUUACACCUAUGGUGAUGGUGUUGUGGCUGGAAUUCUUAGUAGGGAUAUUCUUAGAGUUCAUGCAAGUAGCCCUAAUUCCACAAGGGAGAUUCCCAAAUUCUGCUUUGGUUGUGUUGGUUCGACAUAUAGAGAGCCUAUAGGGAUUGCAGGGUUUGGAAAAGGGCCGCUCUCGCUACCUUCACAGCUAGGGUUUUUGCAGAAGGGUUUCUCCCAUUGCUUUUUGCCUUUCAAAUAUGCAAACAACCCUAAUAUCUCCAGCCCUCUAGUUUUAGGAGACCUGGCAAUAUCCUCCAAAGAGUCUUUGCAGUUUACCCCCAUCUUGAAAAGCCCCAUGUAUCCAAACUUCUACUACAUUGAUCUAGAGGCUGUAACUGUGGGCAAUACCAACGCAACACAAGUGCCCUUAAACUUCAGAGAGUUUGAUUCAUCAGGCAAUGGUGGCAUGAUCAUUGACUCAGGAACCACUUACACUCACUUACCGGAGCCAUUCUAUUCACAACUUCUGUCGGUACUCCAGUCAGCAGUAACAUACGCUCGAGCUACAGAAGUGGAGGAGAGAUCAGGGUUUGAUCUUUGUUACAGAAUUCCAUGCCCAAACAACAAUAUCAGCCUAGCUGAUGAUCUUCCAGCGAUCACCUUCCAUUUCUUGAACAAUGUGAGUCUCACACUGCCCCAAGGGAACUCGUUUUAUGCCAUGAGUGCACCCAAUAAUUCUACUGUCACAAAGUGUUUGCUCUUCCAGAGCAUGGAUGAUAGGGACUAUGGACCGGCUGGGAUUUUUGGGAGUUUUCAACAGCAGAAUGUGGAAGUUGUCUAUGACUUGGAGAAGGAGAGAAUUGGAUUUAAGGUUGCGGAUUGUGCCUCGUUUGCAAUUUCUCAAGGACUCCAAAAGACAUAAGAUCAACUUCUCCAUCAGUUACUUGUGUUUUUUUUCUCUCAUCCAGAAACGGAUACAUGGAUGCUUUCUGAAACAAUGAAAUGUGGAGACUCUCGGUUCAGGGAACUUCAGUCCUGAAUUUUUUUCUUUCUUUCCUGUAUUCUUGAUGACUUUAAAUGAAGUGAUGCUUGUACUUCGCUUAAUAGAUUUAGAUUUCAGGGCAGUUGUAUGCAUGAGCUUGCUCAUAACUCGCAAGGGCUUGAGCUGCAUUCUUUGAAUUGCUGCCGUGGACUAAGAACUGAUGUUUUAUUAAAGAAAUAAGAAACCUCUUUUCAUACAGUUAGGACGUAUAUUUUGUGCAGUGGAGGCAUUUGCAUUCACUUGUCCCCUUCAGCCUCAUUACUGCUGCCGCCAAGUGAGAAGGCUUGUGGAAUCGAAGAAAAGGAUGAUUCGUACAACUCUGAUAUACCAAAAGAGAAAAUUUUGAGACAACUUAUCAAUCAUGAACUCUAAUAUAGACAAGAAUAUAUUACAAGAGAUGAGGUCUGAUUCCCUCUCAGUCCAUGUUU